GCGCUUCUGUGCACCAAUCCCAUAUCGCCGAUCGCCGCCACCGAAAGCCUUGCAGCACCUUGCUGGCUUGGCUGGCCUCUAUAUCUGCCGCUCCCCGGGCCUCCGGCCAUCAGUAUCAGUAUCAGCUAGGGUCUUCCACUCCUGAUACCUAGCUUGCUCCCUGAUCGAACUGCCGCGUACUGGUGGUGGUGGCCUCCAGUUCUUAAGGAUAUGAAGAUUUUCAGUUGGGUAGCCAACAAGAUCGGCGGGAAGCAAGAACCAAAGCGAUCUCCUGCACCUUAUCGUGGCAAUGUAUCAGAAUGUCGCAACGACGAGUUCAGUGAUUGGCCCCAAUCAUUGCUUGCAAUUGGGACAUUUGGAAACAAGCAGCUCGAGGAAGAAGUAGCAUCAGAGAGUUCUUCUGCGAAUGCUCAGACCACGCAAGAUCCCGCCAAGUUUACAGAGGAGGAAGUAGACAACAUACGAAGAGAAUUCGAGGUGCUGCUGCAAGGCAAUGCUCAAGCAGAAGCUCAGGGCUCCUGUGAAGAUGAACAGGUAGCAGCUUCGAAAGAACAUGACGGUGAAGACAACAACGAGAAGCAGCGCAGGGAGCAAUUGAUGAACAGGGAGAUGAUCAUAAGCAAAGCGAGAGAACUAGUAGGGAAGAAAAAGAGUGCUAAGCUCAAGCCAAGAUCGAUGGUUUCGCUCCUUAGAUUACUCGCGUGCAAGGGCGGUUUUACCACCCCGGUUCUGGAACCAAGGAACGCUUUCCCCCAAUCAAGAAUGGAGAAGCUGCUCAAGGCAAUACUACAGAAGAAAAUACACCCACAGAAUUCCAACACGGUAGCAACCAGGAGGCACUUGGACUGGAAGCUAGACGAGAAAGAGAUCAACGAAUGUCUUGAGGAUGCGCUGCGUGAUCUUGAUGACGAUGAUGAUGGCGCAAAGUGGGUCAAAACUGAUUCAGACUUUAUUGUGCUGGAAAUGUAAAGGCGCGUGCGGUCAUGUUUGUUUCUUUAAGCCAGGUUCCGAAGGUCUUGGUGGGCUUGGUACAUUCACGGUGCUAUAUAUAUGAUAAAAAAAAAAUAGAAGGAAUGAUGGGAUAAUGUAAGCAUGAGGCUAUCAUGUACCAUCUGUAAGUUGGAUUAUGAUGAGUCAGAACAGACCCUAUUCCAUGUCCGCUUCUCUUUGGCUUGGCUAUUGCGAUUGUAAAUAAGGCAUCCGAUUUUUUUUAGUCAAAGUGCCCUUGGCCGUUGCCUGUUUCUCAACA